GACGCGACGUGGACAUAAGUUUAUCAAUUGACCUCCAGCUUCGCAACUUGGUUGCAGUAAACGGAUUGAGCUUGCUGUGAGUUUUGCAUUUGUCACCCACCUCCGUUUCUGUCUCUAAAACUCACACCUAUCCCUCCACCACUAUGGCGGAAAACGCCCCCACGGGACUCGGCGAACCGCCAUCCGUCGCAGCUCUUUCACUCGCCGAAACGGCUACGACUCCAGCGAAGCACCUCACCGAGCAGGAGAUCAACCCUUGGGAUGUACAAGCGGGGACGGACGAACACGGCAAUACACUUGAAUUCGACUACGUCGCCAUCUCGCAGAAGUGGAAUACAAAGCUCCUAGACAAGGCUACCCUCGAGCGAUUCGAGAGGCUCACUGGCAAGAAACCCCACCGCUGGUUACGGCGCGGCCUCUUCUUCUCGCAUCGCGAUUUCGACCUCAUACUGGAUUACUAUGAGCGGGGAGAGCCUUUCAUGCUCUACACUGGCCGAGGACCUUCCGCAGGAUCACUACAUGUUGGACAUAGCAUACCGUUCGAAUUCACAAAAUGGUUACAGGAUGUGUUUGAUGUGCCGCUAGUCAUCAUGUUGACGGAUGAUGAAAAGUUUCUAUUCAAGGAGGGGUUGACCAUUGAAGCUGUCAAGAAGUUCUCUAUAGAAAAUGCGAAAGAUGCCAUCGCAAUGGGCUACGACCUCAAAAAGACCUUCAUAUACUCGGACUUUCUGUUCAUGGGAUCAGGUAGCAAUGGCCAUUUUUACGAAAAUGCGAUGGAAUUCUCGAAGCUAGUCAACUUCAAUCAAAUGCGAGGAGCCUUUGGAUUUGAUGGCAGCACAAGCAGUGGUCGAGUAUUCUUCCCUAAUCUUCAAUGCGUGGCCGCCUUUGCCUCUUCAUACCCGUUCAUCUGGGGCGAUGACAUAGAAGCCGAUCGCAAGGCGACAACAGCGGCAAUCCCAUGUUUGAUCCCUUGCGCUAUCGACCAAGAUCCCUACUUCCGCCUGGUCCGCGACAACUCACUCCGAAUGCAACGCCCAUCGCCGAAACCGGCCCUCAUUCACUCAAAAUUCUUGACGAGUCUUCAAGGUGCCGGCGGCAAAAUGAGCGCCAGCGUCCCCAUGUCUGCGAUCUUUCUUGACGAUACACCCAACCAGAUCAAGAAGAAGAUCAAUGCCUCAUUUUCCGGCGGUCAGGAAACCCUGGAGCUACAUCGGGAGCUGGGCGGAAACCCAGACGUAGACGUCCCAUACCAGUAUCUUUGCUACUUCGAGGAUGACGACGAAAAGCUAGACCGCUUCUACCACGCCUACAAGAAAGGCGAGAUGCUCACCGGCGAAAUGAAGAAGGAGUGUAUCACGCUCGUCCAAUCAUACGUCAAGAGCUUCCAAGAGGCCAGGGCAAAGGUCACUGAUGAGGUCGUCAAAGAAUACAUGAAGCCCCGAAAGCUCGAAUGGAAAGGCAACCCGAACCCCACUAAGCCUCCCAAAAAAGCAGAAGAAGCGACGGAAAAGGCCGACGCGGAUGGCCAGAAGGGGCAGGGCAAGCGGGCUGCGAAGCGGGCCGCCAAGGCGGCGGAGAAGGCAGCGGGAGAUGCGUCAAAGGGGGCUUAGACAG